CACUAACCGAUGGCUAUAGCCAGCUGUUGGUAAGUGAUCCUGUCCGCCAUCGAGUAGUAACGAUAUAUACGCUGCGAUAUAACAUGUCAGCACAAGGCUCUUUAAGAAGAAUAACCGAAAAGCACAAUUUAAACAUUUGAUUCAGAAUAGGGAGCUCCUACUAGCCACAUCGACACGGACUGGAGCAGGCGCGGUGUCUCUGAUUGAUCUACAGCAACAUACAUUCACCAAACCUGCUGAGUCUGUGGUCUGGAGAAAGACACCUUACCUUCAACGGGGAUGGCUGAGACAUUGUGUGUGUCAGUGACCAGCUGAGGUCUGCUGAGAGCUCGCUCUACUCAUUUGGCUGAGAGCAUGUACAGGAAGAAUGGACUCCCUGUCAGUGUCAGCAUCACCUCUGCCACCCAGGACAGCAGUAGUUCCGAAUCUUUGGAUUGGCAGAGUUUGGACUCUGCUAAAAGCUAUGAUGCUGUGGUGUUCGACGUGCUCAAAGUGACACCUGAGGAGUUUGCUGGCCAGAUCACUUUGAUGGAUGCGCCUGUAUUCAAAGCAAUACAACCUGAGGAGUUGGCCAGCUGUGGAUGGAAUAAGAAGGAAAAGCACAACCUUGCACCCAACGUGGUGGCCUUCACCCGGAGGUUCAACCAGGUUAGUUUCUGGGUGGUGAGAGAGAUACUGACGGCACAGACCCUGAAGAUCCGUGCUGAAAUUUUGAGUCACUUCAUCAAAAUUGCAAAGAAGCUGCUGGAGCUGAAUAACCUGCACUCUCUGGUGUCUGUGGUGUCAGCCUUACAGAGUGCACCGAUCUUCAGAUUGAGCAAGACCUGGACACUCAUCAGUCGAAAGGACAAGGCCACUUUUGAGAAGCUGGACUUCUUGACAUCAAAAGAGGAGAACUAUACCCGGAUGAGGGAGCACAUCAAGUCCCUCAAAAUGGUUCCCUGCAUCCCUUAUCUGGGAAUUUAUUUGUUUGAUAUGACCUAUAUCGACUCCGCAUACCCAGCCACCGACAGCAUCAUAGAGACUGAGCAGAGGACCAAUCAGAUGAACAAUCUUCUCCGGGUCAUCUCCGACCUUCAGGUGUCCUGUAACUACGAUCACUUGCUGACAUUACCACAUGUACAGAAGUACCUGAUGUCAGUGCGCUACAUUGAGGAACUGCAAAAAUUUGUGGAGGAUGAUAAUUACACGUUAUCUCUGAAGAUUGAACCUGGGAGCAAUUCGCCUCGUCUGGUAUCAUCCAAGGAAGACCUUGGAGGACCAUCGGAAGAGUCAUUCUCAGUGAAGUAUAACCGGAGACCAACCUGUCCUGAUACCUCAGUUGUAUCUCAUCUGCCUACACCUCCACCAACCCGGCACAGAAAGAGUCACAGCCUGGGAAAUAACAUGAUGUGCCAGUUUGGAGUCGCAGAGAGUAAGAGUGCUACUUUUUCUGUGAAAGAAAAGGCUCGUCAUCUACUGGACGACAGCUUUUUAGAGUCACACAGCCCUGUCAGGAAUCACACGCACGACUCUGUCUUCACCAACGGCAUCUCAUUAGGUAGUAGAGAAAGCCUCUUCAGUGAUGAGUUGUCAUCUAUUGCUGAAAGAGGUCGUAUGUAUGCUACUCUUGGUCCAAAUUGGAGGGUUCCAGUCCGUAACUCUCCUAGAAGCAGAAGCUAUGUUUACAGUGCCCCAGGGGCUGUGUCCAGUUAUGAGUGCAGCUCACUAAGCAGUAUCACCAUUGAAGGCCCUCUGCGGAGAAAGACUGUGAUGAAAGGGGGCAAGAAACCUACAUUGUCAUCAUGGAAACGAUACUGGAUUGUUCUUUCUGGCUCAACUCUCAUAUACUUUGGGUCUAAAGCUUUAAGGGCAAAUGAAAGAAGACAUUACAAAUCCAGGCCUUGUAAGAAGAUCUCAUUAACAGGCUGGAUAGUGGUGCUGCCUGAUGACCCUGAGCAUCCAAACAUUUUUCAGCUCAAUGACCCUGAUAAAGGCAAUGUUUACAAGUUCCAAACUGGAUCUCGCUUCUCUGCAAUCAUCUGGCAUAAGCACCUGGCUGAGGCUUGCCGGUGUAUAAGGCCACAGAUACCAGCCAACUUAAUGUCUUUUGAAUAGCUGCCAACUUGUGAAGGAUAAGAUCGGGCCAGUAACAAGGAAGUUCAAAAAGAAAUGAACAUAAAGUUAAGUUUAAAUCUCUGUGGUGUUAUGGUGAUCAUAUUUUGUCUUGUGUUUAUACAACAGCCCUGUUGAUCAGGGUACACUAUAUGUGGACUUUCACUUUGUGGGUUCUGUGCAAUUUAGGAGUGUCCUAGAGAAAAUGUGCCGAAGAAGAACAGGAAAAAUACAGAGAGCAUAAUGAUACCAAAAAUGUCAUAUUCUGAGAGGAACACUCACUGCAGCUCACUAAGAGAAUCUCUUUUAGCCGUUACAGGAUGGAAACUGUAAAUAUCACCACACACCUGGGAGAAUUUCACUUGUUGCAAUUUCUGCUGUAAUCUAAUGUAAAUCAAGUUUGCACUCAGACUAUGAAGCAGGCUAAGGUUUAUACCCAAAAUAUCCUCAUGUAUUAACUUGGAUAUGGUCUAAUUUCAACCAUUUUGGAGCAUCAUAGUGACACCUGAAAUAAAUUCUCCUCUUUUCCAAGUCCAUAUAAGGAACAAGAAAAAAAAUUGUCCAGAUUUGUGUGGUGUGGGUUGUUUUUUGUUUGUUUGUUUAUUUAUUUGUUUUUUGUUUUUAAUGUAAUGUAUUUGAAAUAUCUUCUUACAUCCAACAAAGGGAGGGCAUGUGUUUGAAUCCUGCCUGUAAGAAGAUCAUUGAUAAAAUUGUUCUCUUUUGUGGACUAAUUAGGCGGCAGUAUGGAGGAGAGUGGCAUAUAAAAUAAUUUGUCAUGUUUGUUAAAUAUUGUACAUAUACCCUUGUUAAAUAUUGUACAUGCAUACUACUCUGUGUGAAAGAUGUCAAACAUUUUGUGUACAAACUAAUACUGUCUUAUUUAUAUGUUUUCAUGUGAACAAGUGCCAAAUUGUUUUAUUGUAUUUUGUGAAUUAAGUGAAAAGGUCCGGAAAAUGUGAAGUAUUGCAGAUGAAUGAGAUGUCCCACUAUUAAACAGUAAGCGUAUUUUUUUCAUAUCAAGUAUACCCCUAACUGACAGCCCCUCAGUUUACGAACAUCCUGAAACAGGGAAAAGAUGAAACAUACAGUUGGGUCCUUAAGUAUUUGGACAGUGACGGAAUUUUCAUGCAUCUGUGCAUCACUACAAUGGGUUUGAAAUGAAGCAAUGAAGAUGUGAUUGAAGUGCAGACUUUUAGCUUUAAUUCAAGUGUUUUAACAAAAAUAUUGCAUUAAACAUCUAGGAAUUACAGACAUUUUUACAUAGUCCCUCCAUUUUCACAGGCUCAAAAGUAAUUGGACAAGCUAACAUUAUUAUAAAUAUAAGGAUUAUUUUUAAUACUUGGAUCCAAAUCCUUUGCUGGCAAUGAUAACCUGAAGUCUGGAACCCAAGGUAAUGCACAGUGGAUCACCAAAUGCUGAGUUUCCUCCCCUGAGAUGUUUUGCUAGGCCUUCGGUUGCUGCUUGGUUUGCGUGUUUCUGUCUUCAGUAAAGCCUAGGUCACAACCGGACGUACGAUUUUUUGGCCAUGCGAUUUUUGGCGUUUCCCAAAUCACUGCGUUUUUUUUGUUCGUGGAGAAAGACGCACGUUGGCCGUAAGUUUGUCUUGCAACCUGAAAAAAACGUAAGCGCCCGUAGAGUUUGUUUGACAUGACAAAGAACCUCUGUGGCCGGUCUGCGGUCAGUCUACGGCUCGAAAAUCAGCACGUCACACGUGCGCCCUCCGUGUGUUUCAUGCGCGCCCUCUGUGCGUUUCUUGCGUUUUUUGCACGUAGACCGGCCGUAGGAGCACGUACGGCCGGUUGUGACCGAGGCAUAAGUGAAAAGCAUAUUCAAUUGGGUUGAGGUCAUGUGACAGACUUGGCCAUUUAAGAACAUUCCAUUUCUUUGCCUUAAGAAGCUCUUGGAUUGCUUUCUCAGAAUGUUUUUGGUCAUUAUCUAUCUGUACUGUGAAGCACUGUCCUAUCAGUUUUUCAGCAUUUGACUGAAUCUGAUCAGAAAGUAUAGUGCUAUAUACUUCUACUUCUGUCAGCAGUUACAUCAGUAGACACCAGUGACCCAAUUCCAUGCCCAUGCAAUAACACUGCCUCCACCAUGUUUGACAGAUGAUGUGGUAUGCUUUGGAUCAUCAAGUUUAUUUCAAGUUAAUUUGUAUAGUGCUUUUAACAACAGACGUUGCAAAGCAGCUUGACAUAAAAUUAAAGGCUUGAAACAUGAGCUGAUUUUAUCCCUAAUUUAUCACUUCGUUCCUGCUAUUGAUCAUGAGCCCUUCCUUUCCUUUCCCAUACACUUCUCUUCCCAUCAUUCUGGUACAAGUUAAUCUUGUUCCAGAACUGGGCAGGCUUUUUUUUUUUAAACCGUUUCCUAGCAAAGUCUGAUCUGGACUUCUGUUUUGGGUCUUACCAGUGGUAAAGCCUCUGUAUUUGCAUUUAUGACAACUUCUUUUGAUUGUAGACUUUGACAAUGAUAUGGCUACCUCCUUGAGCAUAUUCUUGACUUGGCUAGAAGUUGUGAAAUUGUUUGUCUUCUCCAAGGAAAGAAUUGUGAUAAUUUGCUUUAAUGGUCUUCCUUCUUUGUGCAUUUCUUCUUUUUAAGAAUGUACCAAAUUGAUGUUUUAGCCACUCCUAAAGUUUCUGCUGUCGCUCUGGAUAAGAGCGUCUGCUAAAUGGCAUGUAAUGUAAUCUCUCUGAUCGGUUUGUUUAAUUUUUUCAGCCUAAUGAUAGCCUCAUCUUGCAUCAACAUCUCUUUGGAUUACAUAUUGAGAGUUCCCAUGAACAGCUACCAAAUGCAAAUUCAAAACCUAAUCUCCAGACAUUUUAUCUCCUUACUUUGCUAUGAAAUAAUGAGGAAACUGUUUAUCAGUUAGGUGACCAAUUACUUUUGAGCCUGUGAAAAUGGAGGGACUAUGUAAAU